ACUGCAGAGACACUGAUGCAGAGCUACAUUUCUACAAACCCGAUGAAGAAACAAACUCAUCCUGAUCUCUGAUGACCUGAGGAUGAACACAUUUUCAUCAAGUGUCCAUUUUGUGUGAACUAUCCCUUUAAGGACACAGAAAAUGUUGUUGUAGACUUUGGUUUCUGUCCGUACGGUUAAUAAUUUGUGUCAUAGUACACUAAGAGUGAAGUUACAGCAGUCAUUUUCACACACUUGUCUGCAGAGUCUCAGCAAAGUUCAUUUUAAUUCCAUCUGGAAAGAUCAGACUACAUCUGAAAUGAGUUUCCAGGUCUGGAUUUUAGAAAGACGAAAGGGGACUACAAUAAACGUUUCUGUGGCGAACUCUGAGGAGGAAUUCAAGAACACUACAGUUGAAGAAUUGAAAAGAAAACUCUUUUCUGCAGACAGCAGAUAUAAAGUCUGUGAACUUUACUGCAAUGACGAGCGUCUGUUUCAUGAUCGGACACUUGGCUCUCAUGGCAUUAAACACAGUGAUGUUAUUAUGAUUGCUCCACCGAUGCUUCCACAAAGUCUCUCAUCUAAAGGUGAACGUGAAGGUGAAUUCAUAUCCAGGACAGAAUCUAUGGAGAAAUGAACUCUCAAUAUGUAAAUGAUUCGACUCACACAGCAUGCUGAUGUAUUAAUGACUUUUUAGUUUUAUAUUACAUUGUUCCUUCCCAGUUCAUUGUAAUUGUUUGAGAAAUGUAUGAUUUCUGAGUGAAAUUUGAUCAGUGUGUCCAAAAUGAACAACUCUCUCGUACCAACAGAUUAAUGUUGAGCUAAAUGAUCAUCAGUGAGCUGAAUUACUGGAGAUCCAAGACGUCUGUAGACAAUAUAGACCACUCAACAAAUAAUAUCUUUGAGAUGAUUAUUAUGACUUUAUGAUGAAAGAUUAUGAAGACAAAACAUUCUGACACACCGAUUCUUCUGCUAACAAAGUCUCUUUCUGAAUAAAA